UUGGUUGUGAUAUGGCGAAGCGUCUCUUACAGUUGGUUACACGGUAGUACUCGCUACCUUUUUUUCAUUUCCCUCUCAAUCAAAAUCCAUGGCAAAUCCAUGGAUUCGAACAACCUGAAGUACACCCUUCUCCUGUUCUGUGUUGUAGUCGGACAGUUCAGGGAAUCGCUGGCUGUUGGCUGUUUUUCUGGGGCAGACUGUGAUGUUGGCGAAUACUGCAACCAUGCCUUUCGAUGUCAAAGGGAAAUAAUUUUUGACCCAGAUUACCCAUCCUACCACAGACAACAGUCACAAGAAAGAGUCCAUAAUUUUAAUGAUUAUCCACAAAGCUUCGAUGACAGAAGAGAGGUUGCAGCAGGUCAGGAGGAUGACUCGGAAUGGAUGGAUGAAUAUGAGUACAAACUUGAAAAAGGGGAGAGAAAUUUGAGACUUAAUGUACCUUUAGCAAACAAUGAUGAUCACCACAAUAGUAGAAUUUUUCAUGAAGACCAUGGGCCUUUACCACCAGAGGUCCCUGUGAAUUGGGACAAGAUCAACAGCAAAAAUGGGGGAAACUUUAGAUCAGAUAAGAGACAUCAAAAGACUGCUGAUUAUGACAGUUAUGAUAAUUUCAAAGCAAGGAGACUUAUACGACAUAGACAAGAUUCCAGUAGUGACACUGUAGGAAGUAGACAUGAUAUUAAAGAUUCCUCCCAAGGAAAUGCCAAACCCAAUGUAGGAAGGUCAUCCAAGAAAAGCUCUGUUUUCAACUCAGAGGGAAACAGUGGAGUGAGGUCUGAGGAGAAAUCAGAGGAUGCAAAUUCUUAUAUUGGUGAAAAGAAGGUAUCACAUGUACCCCUCGCAACUGGGAUGGAUUCAAUAGUGGCAGACAAUUCCCAUCUCCAAGGGAACCAGUUACAGACAGAAAAAGCGGCUUUUACAGAAGAGGCAGCAGCAGCAGACACCAAGGUUGGUGCAGGAAAGGUCAUGGUGAAGGGAAAAGUCCAACAAGUCAAAGCUGACAUUGAUCAGGGGCCAAAUCCAGAGAAGACUUACAAGCGAGUGGAAGAUUUCUUUCAGUCUCAGAGAGAAAGCUCUAUUGUUGAAGUUCCAAAUUCUGUCAAGAAAGAAGAGGCUUCAAAGUUGUUCAAGGACAACUUUAUACCUGUAAAAGAAGAUGGUAGUGACCAGAUAAACAAGGAGCAAGAUGAUUCCCCUUUGCACAAGGAUGGAGAAAUAAAGCUGUCUCUGAACAGAAACAUAACCACAUCCCAAGCCAAAUUACUUGCCGCAGCACUUCAGAAUGCGCUUUGGAACAAUGCACCAUCCCCCAUGUUUACUGUGAUGAAAGUUGAAGAUUCCAAUGUCCAUGUAAGGAUGGCACAGACAAAGUACACACUUGAAAAACCCGAGGAUGUUGCAGAAAGGAUUAAAAAAGAGCCCAGUGUUAAGAGUGAUGUUGCCCAGAACAGUGGGUUAGAGAUUGUUUCAGCUGAUUUUGAAGAUGCCUCGAACAAGGAUGUGAAGGGACAACCUCAGAGGUCUGUGGAAACUCAGCAACCAAAGUAUUUCCUUAUAACGAUCAUUGUUGUGGGCUGUGUGACUGGAGUGAUUCUGACAGCAGUUGCAAUUUAUCUCAUAAUGAGAAGGCAUAAUGAAGCAAACUUCAAACCAGUCACUCUUCCUGGCCAAGAAGCAGCUGCUGAUUACCAGGAACUGUGUCGUCAACUGCGAGCAACACAAGGGUGGGACAGUACACCAGCAAAGACCACACAUUUACAGCAUGGAGAAAAGGAGAAAGGACUGGGAAGUGGAAGAGCACCUAAAUACUCCUGGAGUGAAGAGCCUGUUGUACCCAACAUGGACAUUUCUACUGGACAUGUUGUUUUGUCCUACAUGGAAGACCAUCUUAAAAACAAAGACAGGCUGAAUAAAGAAUGGGAGGCGUUGAAAACAUAUGAAGCUGAGCCUAACAGCAGGGAAGUUGGAAAGCUGGAGAAGAAUGCAAGAAAGAACCGUUACAGUGAUGUUUUGCCCUGUAAGUAUUACUUAAGCUUGUGUGUCAUUGGCUUAUUUCUAUCAAUGCAAACGGACCAUGAUCCCAAGAAUCCUACCUAUAUUGCAACCCAGGGACCUGUGGCUCACACUGUAUCAGACUUCUGGCAGAUGGUGUGGGAACAAGGUGUUGUUGUCAUUGUUAACCUGACAAAACUUUCAGAUCUUGGACUGCCACAAUGUCACAGAUAUUGGCCUGAAGAGCAGCAACCAAUUGUAACCUAUCGCAUUUAUGAGGUUCACCUUGUCUCUGAACAUAUAUGGUGUGAAGAUUACUUAGUACGAAGUUUCUACUUGAAAAACCUAAAGACUAGUGAAACAAGAACAGUCACCCAAUUUCAUUUCCUUACUUGGCCUGAUCUUAAUGUUCCUUCAACACCAAAGCCUCUUCUGGAAUUCAGAAGGAAAGUGAACAAAUGCUUCAGAGGCCGAGCCUCUCCUGUCAUUGUACACUGCAGUGGAGGAGUUGGAAGGACUGGAACCUACAUACUGAUUGAUAUGGUGCUGAACAAGAUGAUGAGAGGAGCCAAAGAAAUUGACAUUGCAGCCACUGUAGAGCAUCUCCGUGACCAACGCCCUUCCAUGGUUAAAACUAAGGCUCAGUUUGAAUUUGCCUUGACAGCUGUUGCAGAAGAGGUGAAUGCAAUCUUGCAAGCUCUUGCCAAGUGAUGAUCAGUGACUGGAAAAAGAAGUAUUAUAUCAAUUUAAUUUAGUAAUUUGGGAAUUUCACUCUGUUGAGUUAGGUCUAAAAAGGCCAGGCAACCAGGCAACUACUUUUUGUGAAUUUGGUGGUGAGCUGUUUGUUUUGACCAAAAAAUUUCUUCAUAUCUUUGUUUAUAUGAUUUUUAUGACUGAAAAAAGGUGAAAGGUAUCAUUUUAGUGAUAACAAAUUUUGUUGACCCAGAAAGUACGAAUUUUUUCAUGUUUUGAGACAGAGCCCUAUUAAC